AUGUCAAUCAACUCAACGUCCUCAAACAUGCUUCGACGUGCUCUAUCAAAUGCCCGGGUCCCUUCAUCUAUCUCCAAAUCCAUCCGACCUGCUGUGUUCGGUCCUUGCAGGAACGUGUCGAGCGCUGCUCGCCUUCCUACCCUCACAGCCUCAGAGACGCGUCGCCGACCAACGGUGCGACCAUACCAGCAACCAGUGGCAUCAGCCAAUGUUACUGGUCCCUCAUCGACAAGCAAGCGCACAAUCUUUAUCCAGACUGAAAACACUCCUAAUCCCGAUCUUUUCGAUGUCGAAGGCGUUACCUCGGUGUUCUAUGGUGCCGACUUCAUCACCGUCACUAAGUCCGGUGACGUGAACUGGGCACACAUCAAGCCCGAAGUUUUCAGUCUCAUCACCCAGGCUGUUACCUCUGGCGAGACCAUUGUUUCGGUUGUUGAGGGUGCUGAAGGAGAUCACGAAGUUGAGGAAGAUUCGCUCGCUUACAACGAAGAUGACGAUGAGGUCGUCAGCAUGAUUAAGGAAUUGCUGGAGACACGAAUUCGACCUGCUAUCCAGGAGGAUGGAGGUGACAUUGAGCUUCGUGGAUUUGAGGAUGGCAUUGUUAUGUUGAAGCUGCGUGGAGCGUGCCGAACAUGCGAUUCUAGUACGGUAACAUUGAAGAAUGGUAUUGAGUCUAUGCUGAUGCACUAUAUUGAGGAGGUUAAGGGAGUCGAGCAGGUGAUGGACCAGGAGGAAAUUAUCUCUAUGCAUGAGUUCGCCAAAUUUGAGGAGCAGUUGCGAAAGAAGAAGGGAGAGGGAAAGGGAGCUGCGGGCUCUUCUUCUUCCGCACCUUCUGCACCCUCCACACCCUCCGCACCUUAA